GUCUAUACACAUGCUAUGUUUCUAAAUUUGAAUAAAACUACUUGCUUGAUUUAAAUCGAUAAGUACUCUUAUUUUUUUUGAAAACAGGUAGAAGAAACAGUUGUACGUGAUAGGGCUGUUGAGGCUCUCAGGAAACUUGCACCAGACCAUACCACAGAAGCAAUGGAAAAAUACUUCAAUCCAUUGUUACAUCGCCUGGCUACUGGUGAUUGGUUUACUAGCCGAACCUCUGCAUGUGCACUCUUCAGUGUGGUAUAUCCUAGAGUACGGAGCUCAAAACGAUGGGAAUUACUUGAUUUUCUUAGAAGAUUAGCCAAGGAUGAAACACCAAUGGUCAGAAGAGCAGUCGCUGCCCGACUAGGUGAACUGGCUCUAGCUAUGUCAGUUGGUCAGUCUUCUGAAAAACCCAGUGCUAACGAAGAAAAACUAAACCAGAUAACCGAGCAUAUUUCAAAUAAUAUGACCGCUUCUGCCACGGAAUCAAAAAUAUUAACAGAUGAAACGGUUAGUUUAAACAGUGACCAAUUUACUUACGGGGUUGCUGCUGAUGAACGUUCAAAUGAUGGUAGCGUAACUGAACACUCAUCGACUCUUGCAACUCCUCUUCAAUCGGAUGAUUUUAUUCUAGACCCCGAAAAAGAGCGCAACAAUAUCCUCACUAUAAUUGUUCCCAUAUUUAUCCGACUAGUUGAGGAUGAUCAAGAGUCUGUACGCCUUAUGGCAGUUGAAUCUAUAGUUCAAUUGGCACAAGCAUUGGGACCUGAAGAAUCUGAGGAAUAUUUAAUUGAUCUCAUUCAACAAGCUACAGCUGAUAAAUCUUGGCGUGUUCGAUGUGUUGUAGCUGAUAAAUUCACAGAAAUUCAAACAGCUAUGGGUUUACGAGUUUCACGUGAACGAUUAGUGCCUUUCUUCAUGAAACUGCUCCAUGAUGAAGAAGCUGAAGUACGAGCUUUUGCUGCAGGCAAAGUGAAAGCAUUCGCCAGAUGUCUACUAGGUUUACCAGCUGAUGUUGAAACAAGUACUACAGAUAAAAAAGUUAUUGCCUCUGAUACGAAAGAUAAUGAAAGUUCUUCCACAGCAAUAUCGGUUGAUGCUAAAAUGAUGGAAGUCGAUGAGAAAUCCGAAACGGAAAUUAAUAACAAUGGUAUAGCAUCAAAAGAUGAUAUUAUCAUGUUGCAGCUAUUACCGGCAAUUAAAAAUCUCACAACUGAAUCAAAUACACAUGUAAAAUCUGCUCUAGCUGGUGCUAUUCUUGGCUUAGCUCCAUUAGUUGGUAAAAUUUCUACAAUAGAACAUUUACUGCCUAUAUUUCUUGCUCAAUUGAAUGAUGAUAAUCCAGAGGUUCGAUUGAAUGUAAUUUCUAAUUUAGAACAAGUGAAUUCAGUCAUAGGGAUUGAUCAUUUGGCUACAAGUUUAUUACCUGCUAUUAUUCAAUUGGCUGAAGAUCCGAAAUGGCGUGUUCGAUUGGCAAUCAUUGAAUAUAUGCCUUUAUUAGCGGAACAGUUAGGUUUAGAAUUUUUCGGUAAUCAAUUAACUGAAUUAUGUUUAUCAUGGCUUGUUGAUCAAGUGUAUGCGAUUAGGGAAGCGGCUGUUGAAAAUCUUGUACGUUUAUGUAUAAAAUUUGGACCGGAUUGGGCAAGUCAAUAUUUUAUACCAAAAAUUAUUUAUUUAUCACGUGAUGAAAAUUAUCUUCAUCGUAUGAUUUGUUUACAAAGUAUUAUAAGUUUAUGUAAAGUUGUUAGUCCAGCUAUCUGUUGUCAGUAUUUAUUGCCUACUGUUUUAUCAAUGCAUACUGAUAGUGUGCCUAAUGUUCGCUUUAAAGUUGCUCAAGCACUUAGCAAUUUGGGUUCACAAUUAGAUGAGAAGAAUAUUGAAAAUGAAGUUAAAUCUUGUUUAACUCGUUUAGCUGAAGAUUCUGAUACCGAUGUGAAAUUCUAUGCUUAUGAAGCUAUGGAUACAUUGAAAAUAACAACAAGCAAUAAACCAUUUCAAUGUUAUUAUAUUAAAGUUAAACAGAAUUCUAAUCCAAAUUAUAUUCAAACUGACUUAGUACCAUCAUCAACAACAACAACCACAACAACCACGAUAACUGUACCAGGCGAAGUGGAAACUGUCAAUUCAUCGUGUGAACUAAACAAUCAUUGUUUUAUUGAUGAUCAGUCUUUUUCAUCGCUUAAAAUUGUCAAUGAUUUGACUACUAAUCCUAUUGAUAAUAAUGUUGUCGAUGAUAAUAAUGAUAGUAAUUCAUCGUCAGUAGACUCACAAUUGUCUACUUUGGUUAAUAACACUAACAACAGUGUUGACAGUGAUAGAGAUUGUGAAAAUUAACCAUAGGAAAAUCAUUACUAUUAUUGCUACUGCUAUGAUUUAUGUGUAUGUAUGCUUUUAUACAUGUGUAGUGAGUGAGUGUGUUGUUAAGCAAGAACAGUUGAUAAUUGAUUAGCAUGUAUACAAUUCGUUGAUUUAUGUGUAUUGAUCUGCCCCUCCUCCUCCUCCCUCUCUCUCACACACACCCAUACAUACAUACAUACAUACAUGCUUGUUGUAUACACUCUCCCUGUACAGUCAGUAUACACAUUGUAUUCUGGUUAUGCACGCGAAAAUGUAACUGUUUCUGACGACGAGUUAUGUUUUUUUUUUUUUUUAAUUUUAUUUCUACAACAAUUUUUCAACGAAUUCUGUAUUCAUAAUAAUUGUCAUUAUUUAAUAGUUAGUUCUCUCGAUAUUCUCUCUCUUUCAAUUGUAAUAAUGAUUACAGUCUUAUUAAUUGAAUGCAUGCAUGCAUGACAUUAAUUAUUGACAAUGAAUUUUUCUUUGUUCUCAACAAUAAAUUAAAUAAAAUGAAAUGAUUCCAUAUUUUGUAAACUUUUAACAGUUUUUUUUUGUGAUUACUAAGUAAUAAUAAUAAUUCACUUUCUAGCAAUCAAUUUAUUUGUGCAGUAGUGUUGUGUGUAUGAUAAAAAGUAAAGUGUGAAAAAGGGCUGUCUGAAUAAGUGACACAUUGUUAUUAUUAUGGGAUUCAAGUGGUCGUUGUAUUUUGAAGAAGAAGAAGAUGAAGAAUAAAAGUUAUGUAUUAUAUAUACAAAACUUUUAAUUUCUAUCUAAUGUAUUUUUUAUCUCUUAAAAUGCCUUCUUCCCUAUUAUGAAUUUAUUGAAAUGUGAUUGUUGAACUAAUCACACUGUUCAACUAACAUUGUAUGAUUGAUUGAUUGUCUUCUAAUUACUGCAAGUUUCAAUGUGGUUUGUCAACUUGUGAACAUGAUCUUUUACUAUUAUUAUUAUUAUUAUUAUUAUCCUAAAUUGAUUUGACAUCAAUUUGUUACAACAAGUAUAUUUGUUUUUAUUAUUAUUUUUUUUGUUUUGUUUUCUUUUUCAAAUUAAAAAAAAUGUGUGCCUUGUUGAUAUGAUACACAAUCAAAAUGAGAUAGAUAUAUACAGUGUCGUUUAAAAUAAAAUGAAAUUAUUAGUGAUAAUAAUGUUGUUGUAAU